AUGGGGGCCUUUGUCCCCAAAUAUGGUCAAAAUUGUCUUAUUUGGUCUCUUUGCAGUGACAUGUGCACCACAGUGGAGAACUGCACCCAGGUCACCCGGUUCGUCCUGCUGGGGCUCACAGAGCAGGAAGGGCUCAAGGGCACCCUCUUUGUGCUCUUCUUGUUCAUUUACUCAGUCACCCUCACGGGAAACCUGGGCAUGAUCACUCUGAUCCACACAGACCCACAGCUCCACACCCCCAUGUACUUCUUCCUGAGCGUCCUCUCCUUCACAGACUCCUCUUUCUCCACAGUCAAUACCCCCAAGCUGCUGGAGAACUUCCUCGCUUCAAGCCAGUCUAUCUCCUUUGCAGCCUGUGUGGUCCAGAUGGCCCUCAUGAGUCUCCACGGUACUGUUGAGUGUCUGCUUCUGGCCAUCAUGGCUUACGAUCGACUCACUGCCAUCUGCCACCCUCUCCUCUACCACACCUUCAUGUCCCAACGUUCGUGUAUCCAGCUGGUGGCAGCCACCUAUACAGCUUCUGUGGCCAAUUCAGCUCUGUUGACUGGGUCCAUCUUCAAGCUGCCCUACUGCGGCCCCAACAUCAUUAACCACUAUUUCUGUGACAUCCCCCCCGUGCUCCGACUUGCCUGUGCUGACACUGCUGAGGUUGAAGCCAUCAUCUUCAUAUCUUCUGCCCUGAUUAUCCUCUUUACCGUCACCAUCAUCCUGGCCUCCUACGCCUACAUCCUGGUGACUGUCUGCAGGAUGCGUUCCCUUGCGGCUCAAAGCAAAGCACUCUCCACCUGUGCCUCACACCUCGCCAUCAUCUGCCUCUUCUAUGGCAGCGUGACCUUCAUGUAUGCUCAGCCGAGCUCUCCCAGUUCCAUGGAUCAGAACAAGUUUGUGUCUGUCUUCUACACUGUGGUCAUCCCUAUGCUGAAUCCUCUGAUCUACAGCCUGAGGAAUAAAGAUGUGAAGAUUGCUUUAAAGAGGAGGUGCCUCAGCAAGCUGCCUUCCUAA